CUCGCGUUAUCAUAGCCCGUUUGUAAGGGGUAGCCUCAAGAACAUCUCGCGAUAGUCAUUUCACAUUAACUUGUCUUAAAACAAAGUCAUUGCUCAUUUCUCUUGAUAUUUUUGUAUGGAUAUCUAACGAUCAAUAGCAGAAAUGCAAACACCACCGUCUGAGUUACUGUAACGAGUACUAGCUAUUUCUUAUGCGGUGUAGAUUGUUUGGGCGUUACUCGACGGGAGUUGGCGUAAGCUUUAGCAGCUAGCUUGUGCAUGCUACAGCCGUUAGCUUGGCUGCUAGCCGCCAGUAGAGAAAGUUGGAUUAUAUUACUUUACCAGUGGAUUUCCAGACGGGGUUUACAAUAGGUUCUCAGCAUCAUACCGGGGACCAGAUCCAGGCUUUGCACAAAAUGCUAGCUACAGGAGCUGCUGUGACUACGGCUCUGGCCCAGGUGGACAGAGAGAAAAUCUACCAGUGGAUCAAUGAGCUGUCCAGCCCGGAGACCCGAGAGAAUGCUCUGCUGGAGCUCAGCAAGAAGCGGGAGUCGGUGCCCGACCUGGCGCCCAUGCUCUGGCACUCCUGUGGCACUAUUGCGGCUCUUCUGCAGGAAAUCGUAAACAUCUAUCCAUCGAUUAACCCGCCUACGCUCACGGCCCACCAAUCCAACAGGGUGUGCAAUGCCCUGGCACUUUUGCAGUGUGUUGCUUCACACCCAGAGACAAGGUCCGCCUUUCUCGCCGCCCACAUCCCCCUUUUCCUGUACCCCUUCCUGCACACCGUGAGCAAAACGCGGCCCUUCGAGUACCUGAGACUCACCAGCCUCGGAGUCAUUGGGGCCUUGGUCAAAACGGAUGAACAGGAAGUGAUUAACUUCCUCCUCACCACUGAAAUAAUCCCACUUUGUCUGCGCAUUAUGGAGUCUGGCAGUGAACUGUCCAAAACGGUCGCCACGUUCAUCCUGCAGAAGAUCCUAUUGGAUGACACUGGAUUGGCAUACAUAUGCCAGACUUACGAGCGCUUCUCUCAUGUGGCCAUGAUCCUUGGGAAGAUGGUUCUGCAGCUCUCCAAAGAGCCGUCCGCACGCCUGCUGAAACACGUGGUCCGCUGCUACCUCCGCCUCUCUGAUAACCUCAGAGCCAGAGAAGCCCUGCGACAGUGUCUGCCCGAUCAGCUGAAGGACAACACGUUUGCCCAGGUUCUGAAGGACGACACCACCACCAAGCGAUGGCUGGCCCAGCUGGUGAAGAACCUGCAGGAGGGCCAGGUCACCGACGCCCGGGGAAUCCCGCUCUCCGCUCAGUGAUGGGGACUUAAAGUGUGACACACACACACACACACACACACACACACACACACACACACACACACACACACACACACACACACACACACACACACACACACACACACACACACACACACACACACACACACACACACACACACACACACACACACACACACACACACACACACACACACACACACACACACGAGCUCAGGCUUGUGUCCGGCGGGAUCGUGAGCACAGAGACACUUAAAGAAGAAUCCGGAGUUGAGUCCAGUGUGGGAACGCGUGACUAGAAGCUGUGUUUGCCACAAUAAUGUCACGACAUACAUGUGGAAUAAGCAUCGGAGUGGAGCACUUAAAUGCUCAUGGGGCAUUUAACAAACAAACAAACGUAUCAGAGCAAAAAUGAAUGCUGGCAUCAAUAGUCUUUCAAAUGUCUUCGCAGAAAUGCCAAAAGGUUGUGUGUACAGUUUGGUCUUUGAAAAGGGUGCUGCACAGAAUGAAAAGCAGGUAUUUGUGCAUACGGAGAGUUAUUUUUCCAUCAUAAUGUGCCAGAAUUCUUUGUUAAGAUGAAUCCAGGGGGAAUAAUUUGUGAUGGCCUUUUGUUCCCUUCCUUUGGUACACGCCUUUUUCCUGCUGUAACAUUCCUGCGACUGAGCAAUAACUGUAAUUUGUUGCCUCUCUUCGUGUUUAUUACUUUUCUUUACUUUUGAACGAUUUGUUUGCCAGACUAGUGUAUAAUACAGCUUGAGAUGAAUGGAAAAUGGAUUUUUAUUUUAAUGUAAAAGUUGUUAUGAGGGAGUAGUGUAAGAUUUCACUAAAGUUUGAUUUGCAUACAGAAAUCUUUAUGAAACUGUCACGGAGCCUUUAUUUUUUGUUUGUAAGAAAGAUGGCCCAAUUUCUAAAGCUGUUACGUUGGAACAUAUAGUUGGGACAUUUUGCAUAACAUUAAUGCAAUUCCCCCAUAUUCAAAUUUUAAAGAACACAAGAUGAAGGACAAGAAAUAUUAGAAGCAUUGGUUUAAAAUAUCAGAUUUCAAUAAAUCAUUAAUCCAAAUCCGUAUAACUCAUGCUGCUAUGAGUCAGUUUCUUCAGAGUUACAAGCAUCAUGCUCUGUAUACCAUCAAGCAUCCGCUACUCAUUACAGGUUCACGUGGAUAUCAAAACAAUGCUAGGAAACUGUUAUUUCUGUAGUUGUGCAAAGGGAGUUUGAUCAUAAAGUUUCCCCAUUGCAUCCUGUCUGAAACAUGAUUUUUUGGGGUGGAGUGGUGCUCCAUCACAGAAGCCCUCACUCUGGGCCUACCUAGGUCCCUUGAGGACACCGACCAACAUCCUAGUAUCAGCCCUGAUUGCUUUGCGUUGCAUUUUACUGGCCCAUUAACGCAUCACUUACUGCUUGUUUCCCAUUAUCAAACCCUAUGCCCUUCUCUCACACCAAGCUGUGUGGAGGUACAAGCAUACACACAUACGUUUGGAGAGAUCCACAUCCUAAUUUUCCAUUUGUCCCAGAAAGUUCUGGGUUCCCCAUGGGACUAGUGCUAUCUCUUAUCCGUCUCCUUUGUUUUGCUUUUAAAAGGAAAUGGAAGUUUGGAUUUCAGCAAGCUUUUAAAACGGAAAGAGUCCUGUGCUUUGGUGAUAUGUAGGCCUGUGCUUUCGGCUGCAACGCUCUAAUACCAACUCGGACCGUAUCCACUACUCCUGUCAAUUUAUUUGUUGCUUACUAAUUCUUUUCCAAAUUAAAAUAUUUUCAAAAUACCUUUG